UAUUGAAACAAAAAAUGAUGAGAUGCGGAAGAGAGUUGCCAUAGGAUAGGAUAGAAGAACAAUUUUACCCGGUUCCAUACGCGAACCGCAUUGGGUCCGGUCAUUCAAAGUGAAAACCUAUGCCGUUCAACAAAUGUAUCAAUCCCGCCAAAGACACAUAAACACGUGGGUGGUGAGCAGUUCCCCGCUCCCUUGCGUUGCGUCACUGUGUAUAAAAGUAAAAUUUUGAAUUAGACGACACAUCAAACAAAAUAGAAGUUAACGUACCUGUUAAGUCUAAAAAUAACAAAAAUGCCACGGCCUCAUUCUCCUCCUUCUCUUAUAAUCCCCUAUACGAGAAACAGACUAUUUUAAAUACACAGCACAAGCUGGAUCAGGUUUUGUAUGCCAUUUGGAAGGAACACCUCCUUUUUAGUUUAAUUUCUUCCAGCUCAUGAAAUCUCUCUCCAUUGUUUCACAAAUAUACACUUUCUCUGUAAGACAAAUUCCACACUGUAUAAUAUUUAUAUAACAAAACUAUCAAAUUCGAAAUUUGGACGGUUUAAUCUUAACCUGCCAUUUCUGAAAUUUCCCAUUUUGGGGUUCCUGCUGGUUCUUUUUCUGCUAACAUUAAUGCAGACUGAAAUUUGUUCCGCCUGACAACUCAGAUAUGGCGGAGGAUCCCAGCAACCCUUCACCGGCAAUCGCAGAAAUUACGCCGGAUACUAAUUUAUUUGACAAAUACGAGUUGGGUAAGUUGCUGGGUAGUGGAGCCUUCGCCAAGGUUUACCAUGCAAGAAAUGUCAGUACCGGCCAAAGCGUGGCCAUUAAGGCCGUCAGCAAGCAGAAAGUCGUCAAGGGAGGCUUUAUAGGGCAGGUUAAGAGGGAGAUUUCUAUCAUGCGCCGAUUGCACCACCCUCACGUCGUGAAGCUGUUGGAAGUUUUGGCCACUAAAACCAAGAUUUACUUCGUGAUGGAGUUCGCCAAAGGUGGUGAGCUUUUCGCCAAGGUUGAAAAGGGACGCUUCAGCGAAGAUCUCAGCCGUCGGUAUUUUCAGCAGCUUAUCACAGCCGUAGGAUAUUGUCAUGCCAGAGGUGUGUUUCACCGCGAUUUGAAACCCGAGAAUCUCCUCCUCGACGAGAAUUGGGACCUCAAAGUUACCGAUUUCGGUCUCAGCGCCGUCAAGGAUCAGAUCCAAUCGGACGGUCUUCUCCAUACUCUGUGCGGGACUCCAGCUUACGUUGCACCAGAGAUUCUCGGUAAGAAAGGCUAUGAUGGUGCUAAGGUAGAUGUUUGGUCAUGCGGCGUCAUUUUAUACGUUCUCAUCGCCGGUUAUUUACCGUUCAAUGAUACUAACCUCAUGGCUAUGUAUCGGAAGAUUUACAGAGGUCAGUUCAAAUUUCCGAAAUGGACGUCUCCGGAUCUACGGCGGUUCCUGUCUCGGCUUCUAGAUACAAAUCCUGGGACUCGGAUAACCGUCGAUGAGAUUCUUCAGGACCCAUGGUUCAAAAAGGAUUACAAAGGUAUAAAGUUCCACUUGGAGGAUUCUGAUUUGAAGAGGCAAGGAAACCACAAAAGCUUGAACGCUUUUCACAUAAUCUCCUUCUCGUCAGGUUUUGAUUUAUCCUGUUUGUUCAAUGACUGCGAUAUUUCGGCUAGCAACGAACGGUUUGUGUCUUCCAAGUCGCCUGCGAAGAUAAUAGACAGAGUGGAAGAAAUUGCCGGGGCAGAAAACAUGAAAGUGACGAAGAACAGAGAUUGGGGAGCGAAAUUGGAAGGAUUUGAUGGGACUUUUGUCAUGGCCAUCGAAAUUUACCAAUUAACGGAGCAAUUGGUUGUGGUGGAGGUGAAAGGAAAGGAGAUGAACGCGAGACCAGGCCAAGAAAUUUGGAAAGACAAAUUAAGGCCCCAGCUAGAAAGCUUGGUUUACGAACCGGCGCGUACGGCCUCCGGUGACUGAUCAUCCGAACGGCUAAUCAGAAUCUCAGCCAGGCUAAGUACUUUAUUGCAUGUAUUAAUAUGCGUAUCCAAUAAUUUGAUAGCGAAAAUUGAAAAAUCUAGAAAGUAGAACAAAAAUCCAAAUAUAAACCGGGUUCUCUGUUUAUCUUUUUUCCCGGGGAUUAAAUCAGAGUUUAUUAAGGAAGCUCUGUGUUGUACGUAUCAAUUUCAAGCAAAAUUGUGAAGGAUCCUAUUAAUAAGCUGAAGGGCACCUGUGAUCUGUGGUUGAUGGAAAAUCAGAGUUUAUUGAGGAGGCUCUGUAUUGCAAUAUAUCAUCUGCUUUGUAGGAUUUUUUCAUUUGCAAACUUAAUACAAAAUUUUUAUUUUUUAUUCA